CCAGCCUGGAUUUUGCAAACGUCAACAAUACAAUCAAAUCAUCCGUCAGAUUAGGAAGACAGUACUUAACAAGAACUUUCGAAAGAGGAACAAUCGGAUGUACCUUUGGGACAUUUAGAGCGUCGAACUAAUCGUACCCCGUUCCAUUCCCCGGAGCCCUUAAUGUCCGUCGUUCACCCAAGCUAAUCAACACCCAUCCUCUCCAGGAGGAUGAUUCUUCGCGUGGCAGGCACGCCCCUCUCGCCCAAGCUCACUCAGAAGCUCGUUCUCAUCAUCUUGGCCGUCUUCAUUUCGGCGACAGCCCUUUCGAGUCUGUCUACGGGUUUGCUUCUUCUCACGUCGUUCUGUUUCGGGGCUGCGGCUUUUUCUCUGAUCUUGGACCUGUGCCCGAACAAUGAAUUGCCCAAUUUUUUGGCUAGUGUGGAGCUACCCUUGAUCCAUCCGGGAUUGCCAAAAGAUUUUUCAUUCACAGAUCCAUGGCGAGACAUUCAAGUUCCGAUUGAAGUAGAUGACGCUCUAAAUGAUUUAUACGAGCACAUCUUGAGAGAUUAUGUCUACUCGUGGUAUGGUAUGAUUUCUUACGAUGAGGAGUUUGUCCAAGAAAUUCGCCAUAUUUUACGAUAUGCCUCCUCUGUCAUCGUCCGACGUUUGAGCAGGGUUAAUCUUGCCACUUUGAUCACGAGAAAAGCUAUACCCAUUGGACUAAGUCACCUUGAUGCGUGCUAUUACGCCAGGCAAUAUGCGAGGUCUUUCAAAUCGGAUUAUCGAGAUGCCUUCUUCGAUUUUCUUGGGCCUAAUGCUCAUCCCGCCACAAUGUCCAGAGAAAACGAAGUGCUCUACAUCCAAAGUGUUGCAAGACGCUUAUUGAAACACGUGUUCCCCAAACGGAAUCUUAACAGUGGCUCGGUAAAGGUUCUAUUAGCGGAUAUCUUAUCAGGCAGCAUCCUUCAGCCGCUCAUGGAUAUUUUGGCUGAUCCCGACAUUAUUAACUACAUUCUGGAAACGUCGUUCUCCUUGAAAAGUGGGCGUGUUUUUGAUCCUCCUUCUGGGGUGCAGGUCGAGUUCCUGAAACGAUUUGUCACAACUUCUGAACCCCAAAAUCUAUCGAGUUUAUUUACAGACUUAUCUGGAAUUCUGAAGGAUCAGCAAACACUAUUUGCCUUCAUAAAGUUUUUGCGCGAAGAAGGAGGCAUCAAUCAAUUGCAAUUCUUUCGCUCCAUUGAGGACUUUAACAAGAAAAUUAUGAACCCAGACUUGACACAUCAAGAGAUUUUAGAUCUACAUAACGAAGCCGUAGACAUAUUUAAUCUUUACCUUAAAUCCGACGCCAUCCAUCAUGUCGACAUUCCAUUGGAGUUGGUUAAAGAAAUCGAACUGAUUUUGGUCGGAAAUAAAGAAGAUGUACUGAAGCUUAGAACUACCACGCCUCUGUUCCAAGCUUACGAAGCAGUCUACACAAAUUUGGUUGGCCUCUGUCCUGCUUUCCAUAAAAGCGUUCAGUUCUACAGCCUUCUACUCGGUACAAAGGGUAAUGACGCUCACGAUGAAGCGGGAAAACCACCUGGAAGAUCUAAUUUUCGAGGACUUCUUAAAAGACUUCCACUUAUUGUGAAGCCCUCAAGCUUCAAACCUAAACCAACUAACAAUCCACGCGUGCCUUCGGUUUUGUUUGAGAAAAGUGAUUUGCACAUGUCUGUAUCCACUCCCAACUUCGCCCAAUCCUCCAAUAAGACACCCUCAUUGAAUAUUCCCAUUGCUUUGAACACCCCGAAGUUAGACGAGCGAAGACCUUCGGAUAUCGAUUUGGCUCGCUUAACGGCCUUGACCUCCUUAAAAACCAAUGAAGGGUGUUCCUUAGUAGCACCUACGCCUAAUUUGGCCUCAUCAAAGUCCAUGACCAACCUCCGAAUGGAUGAUCAUCAAUGCUUCGAACAUCAUCCUGUGGAAGUUCACUACUUGAAAGUCAAACAACCACCAAGGAAAACAUCAAGAUCCCGUUCCUCGUCCAGUCUAGAAGACGGACUUGACCUUCAAGACAUGAAAGACUUGACGACCAUAAGACGAAGCAGCAAUUCAUGUUGUGAUCACGAGGUCGCCAAAGUGUCCCCUUUCAAUGUUCCAGGCAAAUCUCAGACCCUGCCACUAAAUAUGCCAUCUCAAUCAAGGAGGGAGAGGAACUUUCCCCUCAAAGAGAUUGGAACCAAGUUGAAGAAGUCUAUUUCUUUGUUCCCUUUCACCCAUUCCAAAGCGAAAGAUGUGAAGGGAUCCCAACAAUGCCAAGAUGAUCGGAGACCAAGACUCGGGACGUCCAGGACCACGGACAAGAUUGGAAAUAGCUUGACUAAACUGAGACAUGGUGUCAUGGCCAAAUCGAUGGAGGGGCUGGUGGAUGAGAAAUUAGACCCGGCGUUGGACAUUGCCGACAUAUGCGAAAAUGGAGAAAAAGAAGAGUCCUUGUCGAAUUGUAGUGGAAGCAUUGGGGAGAUUCUGGAGUUCCGUGAUCUAACUGCUUGGCGAGUCUCAAUUCCGAGAUUGUCAACCGCCAAAGAUGUGGGAGGAAAGCCCUUCUUCGUUUACGUGAUUGAAGUGCAGAGAAUCGACGUGACGUCACAAAAAACAAACGCAGAAGAUUUGCAAUGGUCGGUGGCCAGAAGAUACCUCGAGUUCUACGCCUUGGAGUCCAAAUUGACCGAAUUUCAUGGAGAGUUUGAAAAUGCGAAAUUACCUUCGCGAUCAAAGUUAUUCUCAGGCAAAGGACUCGAUGAAUUGGAGUCUAAAAUGAAGCCUUUUGAAUCAUACUUGCAAUGCUUGCUCCAAAAUCCGUCAUUGAAACGAUCGGAGAUCUUGUUCACCUUCCUAACGUCGACCGAAGAAUUCACAGUCGCCGCAUCUCAACUGGGUAAAAUGAUAAAGAAUGUACCCAUUCCCAAACUGACCAAAGAGAAGCCGGAACUGAAACCUUUCAUCGCCGCCUAUUUUGCUUCAACCCAAGCUGAACCAGCCAAACCGAGUUAUGACUCUGUGAUAGGAGGAGAUUUUUCGGAUGCGGGUGGAGAAAAACCUAUCAAACCUCAUCCGCUUUUUCACAACAACCAAGAUGCCAAACCCGACAAGCAAGUCGGUCAUUGUCACAAAUAUUACGGUUACUUGAUCCCAAAGCAAGAAGAAGGGGUCUAUGACACACUAAUGUAUUUAGCCUUGAAAGUGUUCAAAAUUCAAACUUGGAAAGGCCAAUUUCUUCAGGGGCUACGCAUCUUAUGCCGAAACACAGCGGAUCAUUUUGUCGAGUUCGCAAUUGCAAAGGAAUUGGUCGAAGUCCUAAACGUGGGACGGAUCGUUCACUUGUGCAAUCUCUUAGAAGGUGCGAUAUUUGAGCCUCAGGAACCGAGGACAGACGAAAUGAAGCUGGAAAGAAAAGCCAGGGCUUUAGAGAACUUUCUGGAAUUUCUCCGUCCGUUGAUCGGAAAACUCAUCGGCCAACGUCCAUUUGAUCAUGGGAUAUCUUUCGUAUUUGAAAGCCUCCAAGACCCGGUGAUUAACAAACAGCUUGCAUACACCCUCUUCGAUACAGCCUUAGUGGAACUUUUUCCCGAGAUGGAAGUUAAAAUUCACUGAAAAGCAUUUCAUUCCAAACCAAACCUGUCAGCUAGUUUGCAAAGCACGCUUGUGCUGAGGUAUUCAUAGAUAUUAUACUUAGCAUCAAACAACAUUUGUGCAAUAUAUAAAACCAAAACCAAACUCCAA